AUGAUGUAUGUGGUAAGCCGCUCGGGCGUCAUCCUGCUGUUUCGCAGCAUUUCGCCGGCAGAACGAGUACGCAUGAGCUGGAAAAGCUUGUGGCUCCCUUUGAUUGGCCCAGUGUUCUGCAUCGUUAUCCAGACCAUUGCUGCCGCUCAGGGCGUGUAUCCUUUGCCGUACACCAUUCUCACGGCCGCCAUCCCUGCUCAAAUGGUUGCCCUCAUUGUGGCUGGCCUGUCCAUACCAGCAGAUCUCAUGACCACAGAGGUUCGCAAGUGGUGGAUGUAUGUGAUCUUCGGCUUCAUAGCCUAUCCUUCCCAAAGCAUGCUUUUCAUGCUUUGGUUGGCAGUGUUCCCAAGGCUCACAGAGGUGUUGCAGGUCCUUGGCAGCUUUGCGCUAAACGGUUUGCUCGCGAUAGUAGCAAUCAUUAUGGAGAGGGUCGGAUUAUGGUUGGGCCUACCGGCCUACCUCUUGUACGAAAUCAAGGUCAUGAUCCUCUUUGUGUCGUUCCUGUACACGGCUGCCCUUUUGUCUAGCGCCAAGUCCAUGACGGUGCUGGCGCUAAUGCUGGCACAAGAUGCCGCAAAGGCAGUGGCAAUCUUUGUAAAAAUGUGCCUUCAUCUGCUAGCCAUCAUUGAAAGCGAACACAUUGCUGAGAACGAUGUGCCGGCCUGUGCUCCUUGCUGCUCCUGUUUCCAAUCGUUGCUGAGUCCAAGCGAGCUGCUUGGUCUAAGUCGACGGAAGUGGUCCUUGAUGUUAGAAGCGCAGGAUAGACUCAGUGAUAUCUUCACCAUCUUCCAGCUCCACACCCGAAACAGCCUACAAGAUGUAGACCUUGCUUUGGCCGAUGUUCGCCUCUUGGGCGGCUUCACCAGGUGUAUCGUCGUUUUCGGCUUAGUGGAGCUUUGCGAAGUGCUCGUUCCAUUGCUGUAUAUGAUUUUGGUCACCAUGCUGCACAGCCCUUGGGGAGCAAAUCGGGAGUACAUCUACCUCUUUAAUGACAUGGAGCUGGGGCCAGCUCUGGUAGGGAAUGGCUUUGGCCUCCUGAUUGAGGUCUUGGUCUUGCUGCUGCUGCAGUGUGCAUUUUCUCAACUCAUCGGCUUCAAUCUGCUGAAUUUUGCUGCACACGUCUUGAGAAUGGACUUCAACUACUGGAACGCGAUUCUUUCGACAUGUUUGGAAGGGUGGGUCGUUGUACUGCUCUCCCAUGGAGGACAUGAUCUUGAGGCGAUCCGCGAGUGGCUAUCCCUUUGA